CACUAGGAAAACAGCUGUGGCGUGCUACAGAGCUAGUUUGUUUUUGUCGUGUGUGACAGCGAUUUGAGAAGUUCCUCGAGCAGAUUGCUAUCCUACAACUUCGGAGGGACCGACUUGUCGUCCAUCAUCUCGUUUAAAGAUGAAGUUCCAGUACAAAGAAGAGCACCCUUUUGAGAAAAGGCGGUCCGAAGGCGAGAAAAUCCGGAAGAAGUAUCCGGACAGGGUUCCUGUAAUUGUGGAGAAAGCCCCCAAAGCCAGAAUAGGAGAUCUGGACAAGAAGAAAUAUCUUGUCCCCUCCGACCUGACAGUGGGCCAGUUUUACUUCCUCAUCCGGAAAAGAAUCCACUUGCGAGCUGAGGACGCUCUCUUCUUCUUUGUAAACAACGUCAUUCCACCCACCUCAGCGACCAUGGGACUGUUGUACCAGGAGCAUCAUGAAGAGGACUUUUUCCUCUACAUUGCCUACAGUGAUGAGAGUGUGUACGGGAGCAGCCAAAGGGAAAUCUGAUCCCGCUACCAUCCGCCCUCCAACCACUACCCACCUUUCUGAGACCUCCACCAUUCAUUUAAAUAUUAAAUCCAGCUAAGCAGCCUAGAGUUCUCGGAGUGAAUAUGUCAAAUGCACUUUCACCCCCCAUACAUGACCCCUCUACCAUUCAGUUAUUUCUUUAUUAUUCUGCAGUCUGAAUUGUAUUUGCCUCCACUUUUUUUCUUUUCACUAGCAACUUCAUUGGUCUCGGGGCCAGUUUAUUUUCUAGUGUUGUAUCUGUACACCAUACUUAAAUUUAAAAAAACUAAGAACCAAUAACAAAAUAUAGUUGGAACUAGACCAUAUAUAUAUAUAUAUACUCCCUCCACGCUUAAAGGAAGAAAGGUAUACGAGUUAAAAGCUCUUAUUGACCAUGAGUAUAGAUUAUUGUUUGUUCACCCUGUUGACUUGUUGGGGUUUAAAGUUUGCUUUGAGUUUAUGAAAUAAAGAGAAGGAACCAGUUUUAGGCAGGUUGUUUUGUCUCUGACUAAAGGAUAACUGUUUUGCCUGAAGUUAUUUUCCCAUAAUAAAAACCUGAAGUGGCGGGUGAGUUUAUUUUUUCUUUUUGUUAAAUUCACCCGCCACAGAAGUAUGAUUGAGAAUCGUAUGGGCUGCAUCGCAUCUGACCUAAAGCAAGGAGUCUAAUAUAAUUCAGACUAACAAUCACUCUGCUUUCAGUGGAAAGACUAUUAUGUUUACUGCUAUGAUUGUUGUUGAUAUUGUUAUUUUAGAUGGCUUAAUUUUGAAACUAUAUUGUAAAGCUGGGUUAAAUCUUUUUUUUAAAGUUUGUCUCCUUUUUAAAAAGAAAUAAGGGGUUGAACUCUGUAUACAGCUGCAUUACUGGCUAUUUCUCUCCACUCAUGACCAUACAUGAUAAAAUAUGAUUAAAUGCUC